AUGCUACACCGAGGAUGCUCUUCGACGUCUGACCAAGGGCGGUCCAAGUCAGACCUCGUGGAGCGCUUCCCUUUCAUAGAAAGCUGGGAGGGUUUCGCAGAGUUGGAGGAGGAGUGGACGCCAGAUUACAGCACUGACAAAACCUGGCGCGAGACUCGAGUACCUGCAUUCUUGGAAUGGUUGUCGGAGCAGCCGGAGAAGCGCAUUGUCGUCGUGGGCCACGGUGCCUUCUUCUCAGCAUUGCUGGGCAGGUAUUUGGCCAAUUGUGAAGUGGCAGAGUUCGUAGAGUCAGCACACGGUGGACGCGAGCGAUUGCGUGGUUGGCAAGGCCCUCUUGUUUGUUUGCGGGACAGGUCCACAAAAGACGCGGAAGCUGGCAAAGCCACCCGAGUCGGAGACAUCGUGUAUGAUGCAGAGGUUGAAAUCGCCAAGAGAAUUCAACGUCAUCUUCGAGACAUGCCCAUGAAAAUGAGUCCGGUCAGUGUGUUCUACUGUCUGCGGGCAGACAUCAGAGCAAUUCGUGAACGAGCAGGGGAAAGCGCGGCUGCGGGAAAAAGCGCGGCUGCGAGAACUGCAAAGGUCGACGCUGCCACUCAGCCCCAAGAGCAGCCAGGGGAAAGCGCAGCUGCGGGAACUGCAAAGGUCGACGCGGCCACUCAGCCCCAAGAGCAGCCAGGGGAACAGCCAGGGGAAAGCGCAGCUGCGGAAACUGCAAAGGUCGACGCGGCCACUCAGCCCCAAGAGCAGCCAGGGGAACAGCCAGGGGAAAGCGCAGCUGCGGGAACUGCAAAGGUCGACGCGGCCACUCAGCCCCAAGAGCAGCCAGGGGAACAGCCAGGGGAAAGCGCAGCUGCGGAAACUGCAAAGGUCGACGCGGCCACUCAGCCCCAAGAGCAGCCAGGGGAACAGCCAGGGGAAAGCGCAGCUGCGGAAACUGCAAAGGUCGACGCGGCCACUCAGCCCCAAGAGCAGCCAGGGGAACAGCCAGGGGAAAGCGCAGCUGCGGGAACUGCAAAGGUCGACGCGGCCACUCAGCCCCAAGAGCAGCCAGGGGAACAGCCAGGGGAAAGCGCAGCUGCGGAAACUGCAAAGGUCGACGCGGCCACUCAGCCCCAAGAGCAGCCAGGGGAACAGCCAGGGGAAAGCGCAGCUGCGGGAACUGCAAAGGUCGACGCGGCCACUCAGCCCCAAGAGCAGCCAGGGGAACAGCCAGGGGAAAGCGCAGCUGCGGGAACUGCAAAGGUCGACGCGGCCACUCAGCCCCAAGAGCAGCUCCCCAGUGGUCAGGAGGGCUUCAAAGAUGAGGACGGCUAUGCCACUUUCAACCGCUGGAAAGAGGCACAAAGCAAGCGGACGAAAGAUCAAGAUUUCGAACUCUUCAUGAAGCUGUACCGUGAAGGGUUGUCUCUGCAAAAGACAUAUGACAUUAUCCGCCGUCGAAGGGCAAAGCGCAACUAUGCGCUCCUGAACGAGGGAUACAAGGAAGAGGAGGAAGAAUUUGAGGCCGAGGAAGAAGAAUUUCAAGACGAAUGGCGAAAACAGUCCAUACUUGAAGACCUUUGGAAAUCUGAGUACUAUCGGCAACAUCACCGAAAGCUUCGCGAGGACAUUCCGGAACGAGAGCCUCUGGCGUUUCGCAGCGAUCGCCUAGCAGACGUUCUCAAGACAGCUCUACGGUCAGAAUAUGCGGAUCAAAACCGACCCGUUCUAACGCAUGAGUUGGCAGACUUCGAGAAUCCAUACAUGAUGAAACGGAGCAGCCUGGAGCGACUUUUGCAGGAGAGGUGCGUCCGGAACCAAUUGGACGAGCGCUGCCUACCGCGCUUGCUGGACCAGCACUCGGAUUUGACAAAGCUCCGGCGCCAGGCGUCUUUACCACCGGAGGUGCUAGAGCCGCUGGCCGCGUUCCGGGGAGAUGUCCGCUGGAAUUUCAAUACCCGCGCACGCCUUAGCCAGAAGCUCCAAGCAGCCAAUGCUGCGCUCCACGCAAUCAGCAAGUCCUCUUCCAUAGAAGGGGUGCUUGGCGCACUGCCAGAGAACCAUGUGAACGAACCUGAACAACAGUUGGAGAACGUACAUCAUCCGUGGCGCAAUCACCUUGGCUUUGAGAGUGACGUGCCAAGGGGGGUCGCUGGAGGAACCAAGUUCGGCCAGCCAGACCCAGAACUGGAAUCGCAAAUCGCCCGCCUUCGAUAUCCAACGCUGCAGAGAGUGGCUCAUACGUUGCCAUCUGACCCCAAAUGGCGAGCCCAUGUUGUGCGCUCCAUUCGGGUGCUGGAGCGCUCAAAGGACUGGGAUUACAAGUCCAAACUCAAUGCCAUCAACCGGAUGAAGGAGGUCUAUGACCACCUGAAGCCAAGUGAGGUUUACACAUCAGCUCUGGAUGAACACUUGCCCGUUAAUCGAGUUUCGAGCCGAAUAAAGCGGAAGUAUGCGCGAGACGUGCAGUAUGUCAAGACAUUCCCGAAAAACUGGCGACGGCAGAAGAGCUUCACAAGAUACAGGCCGAGCUUGACCGCGACAGCACCUCUGAAGAAGGACAAGAAGAACACUGAUGUUGCCGUAGACGGAUUUCAGGGGCACUGCGGCGCACCCGAGUUGGCCGCUCCGUUGUCCGUCAUAAGGCGGCUGGAAGCGGACCAUGCUGUUUUACGACAGGCGUUGGUUCGUCAGGAGACAGCACUAGAGACUUUGACGGAGCUGCUGCAGAACAGCUCCAAGCAGGGUGGUACAAGCCAGCCCGGCAAGAAGGCUGAGUCAAAUGAAGACGAUGGAGAAAGAAAAUCCGAUCAAGCAGAUCAAGCGAAGCCGCACCCGUCUCUGACGAGGGGAACCGCUUUUGUUGAAGAUGGAGAUGAAGGCCUGGCGAUCCUGUCAGAACCUUGGUGGCAAACCCCUGAGAUGGGCCAGGGGCAGAAGAAGCCGGUGCGAUCGCGACGAGAGUCUAUUCUGGCAUCCGGGGCGGAGUCAUUCAACUCGGUCCCUUCCACCACAACUCUUCGCUCAGUUCUAAAGAAGCGCACCAUCUCAUCGUCCUUGGCGGGUCGGGCACAGGAGACCUCAAGUCCAUGUUUGCAACGGUGUUUGCGGAGCUUGGUGGCAUGGAUGGAAUGGUUUCAGCAGCUCAAGGAGCCGAGCAGGAGGUAUUGUUUCGCCAGAAUGGUUGAUGGAAACAAGUUUUCAACUUUGUGCUUACUCGUGAUCCUGGCAAAUGCAUUCUUGAUUAUCAUCGUGUCGGACUACGAGUUGGGCCACUUGGGCGAAGCGAUUCCUGAACACUAUGAGCGGCUUGAACUCGGCCUCACGGUGUUCUAUGCCUUCGAACUCACGCUUAAGAUCAUGGUCCAUCGGAUGUAUUUCUUUGUCAACGAAGACUGGCGUUGGAACAUCUUUGACUUCUCACUGGUGAUCUUCUCCGUAAUUGAGAUUGCCAUCUCGUCGGUGCUCGAGUCCAACAUUGACGAGAGUGGUGAUGCGAGCUUGAACCUGGGAUUUCUCCGUCUGCUCAGACUGACCAAGCUGGCAAAGGUGCUCAGAGUUUUCCGCACCCUCAAGUUCUUUACCGAGUUGCGCCUGAUGUUGGAUUGUGUUCUGGGCUCAUUCCUGCAAAUAUUCUGGUGCCUCGCGAUGAUUGUCUUCGUUCUCUACGUAUUCUCUCUCCUCAUAGUCCAAGGCAUAGUGGAUCUUCUCAUUUCUGAAGGUGAUUCCCUUGCGGAUGCCGACGUGAGAUUGCUUGAGUACUAUUACCCGUCUGUAGGAGGAGCACUCCUGACAUUGUUCCAGUCCACUACAGCUGGCCUGGAUUGGCGGGAUGCCUUCGAGGCACUUCAGAAAGGCUCUGAUGGUGGGCUGUUUUUAUCUCUGGUAUUUUUGGUUUACAUCAGCAUCUUCACCAUAUCGAUUUGGAACAUCGUGACAAGUACCUUUGUUGAGAAGGCGAUGAAACUGGCUAAGCCAGAUCUUGACUCGAUGCUUUUGGAGCAAAGUAUGCGCGAUCUGAAAGAUACGGAAGAAUUGGAGAACCUGUUCAGACCGUAUGCCACCACGAACGCGGAAGGUGAGGAGGAAAUCUCACUCGAGGACUUGCAGGAUGCAGCUGAUGAGGCGGAGUUCCUGCUGUACCUCUCAGUACGAGGUAUAGACGUUAAGAAUGUCAAGCUGUUCUUCUACAUGCUUGGCUCGAUGCACAAGAACUCGGUCGUCGACUUGAAGUCACUGGUAAAGGCUUGCGUUCGCAUGAAGGGCUUCGCCACAAGCAUCGAUCUCCAGUCGGUAUCCUUUGAAGCCAAGCUGAUGCAUUCGCAGACGAAGGAUCUCUUCAAGGUGCGCGCUUCAAUGUAG